AUGAUCGCUUCGAAUUUGAUCCACUGGGAUAUGGUCAAAUAUCGCCCUUCUUUUGGAUCCGCCUGUGUCAUGAAAUUCAAGAGCUGCAUCAAAAACGAUUACGAUUUCGAUGCAUGCGCUGCUUCUUUGUACGACUGCGGCGACAUUUAUAACGACAACUACAGAGAAUUCAUCUUUCCAAGCCCGAAAAUCGCGCUCGUCAAAAAGCGCAAAGCAAAAAAUGAAACCUUUACUGAUUUCGAAAACGAAGAAAACAAAAACCAAUGCAUGUAUCUCUUCUCAAUCGAAACCGCUCUUUGCCGAACCCUCUGCGAUCCAACAAGUCUCACAAAGCUGGAGGACCUGACAAACUGCCGCGAAAUCUGUCGAAUAAUCGGGUCAAAGUACUCCAACGACGUUUGCCCUUUUCAGAAAAACUGUCCAAAAGGUUGCCGAGCCCAGCUUCGAGCAAUGCUGGUCAGUUUCGACGAAAAAACAGUCGAAACCACCGAGCUCUUUGUUUUCGGAACUUAUGACGGAUCCGUCUGCACGACAUUUUUCCAAGGCCAUUUUUACAUUUUCGCCACGAUUGUUAUUGGAAACAACAACGACUACUCCCCUGAACUGACUGCGAAUUUGUUCAAAUACGACACGGAAGGCCGCAAUGAAGGGGUUUUGUCGAUGAGGGAAGAUAUGCCGGGCUUUGUUUUUGGAAGAUAUGGCACUUCUUUGUGCGGAAAUGGAAUUCUUAGCGCUCAAGUAAAUGAGCCGGUUGUUGAGAGGAUUUUUGUCUGUGGACCGAGGGAGAAUCAAGACGUUUGUUAUACAAUUGAUGAAUCGCGAGCUUCAGGCCUUGCAGAAGUUCUUUAUCGAAAACCGCUUCAAUUUACCUUCGAGGAUUUUCAAAAAAGAAGUCAUGGGUACACUCAUAAUCAAAAAUUCACGAUUUUGAACCUUUCUCGGCAGCAAAUCCGGGUUGACACUUUUCAUGGCAUUCAACGAAGAGAGGAAUCGUGGACGUCUCAAAAUUUCUACCUCCCAUCGUAUUUUGACGAGCGGAAACAUGUUGAUAAUGUCUUUCUCGAUGCGUAUCCGGAUCGGGAGGGAAUCACUUUCGUCACUUCUUCGAAUCAGAUUUAUGAUUGGAGAUAUAUCUACUUUCAUGUUCACAGACUUCAUCAAGGUCAUUGGACGAUAAUUUCUUCCUACAAAUCUGAUCGAAUAGCCCCCGAUCGAUACGACAAAUCGUACCUUUACACCUUUAUCGUUUCCGGAAAACUAAUGGUCAUGGAAAAUCAACUCGGUUUGAAGGGAAAGAGGCUCGUCCCAACAUUCAUCGUUUUCGACAUCAUCGAAGAAGAAAUGAAUCGAUUUACAGAAGCGCAUCGGGACCAGUUUUUGGAAGCGGAUGAAGAUGUCAUGUGGUCGACGUGCAUUUUUGGAAUUGGGGCUGUUGUUGUUCUGCUGGUUGGAUCGCUGGUGGCGAAACAGAUCAAGGACAAUUAUGAAAUGGUCAAGUUGGUGCUGAUGUUUCAGAUUCCACUGCUGCUGCUUUAUCUCUACGAUCAAGGCUACAUGAAAUUCUCACCAGACCGGAGCUAUCAACGCCGCACUACAAGCAAUUACUGGCAGAGUUCACGGCGAUACUGA